UGGGAGGGCUCUGCACGGUCGAACGCGGUCAACCUGUUGCCUAGUCUGAUUCCUUCUUGGUAAGUUCUCAGCGCGGGCGUGGGUCCUCAGGGCUCUGUGCUCACUGAGGCCCUUCUGGAAAGGGACCUUGGGCACAAGUACGCCUGGGAGUCCGCAGGAGCGCCCCGGGCCUGGACGCGCGGGGUCGGAGAGGCUCCUGACCGGGAUUAAGGGAGAAUGCGGUCUGCCACAAACGGAUUCGCUGCCCCGGCAGUUCCUUGAGCCGCUUCCAGUACCUUUAGCAAGCAGUCCAUCUCUCUCAGUCCAUUCCACCCUCCCAGGGUCGGAGUCACUCCAGAAGCUGAGCAGCCAUGACAUUUGCUGAGGACAAGACCUAUAAGUAUAUCUGCAACAACCACAGCAAGUUUUGCUGUGUCGAUGUUCUGGAAAUCCUGCCUUACCUGUCCUGCCUCACAGCCAGUGACCAGGAUCGACUACGGGCUUCCUACAAGCAACUCGGGAACCAGGACACACUCUGGGAACUCUUCAAUAAGCUUCAGCGCCGGACUGGCUGGGUGGAGGUCUUCAUCCGGGCACUGAGGAUCUGUGAGCUGCCUGGGCUGGCUGAUCAAGUGACUCGAGUUUAUCAGAGCUACUUACCUCCUGGGACCUCACUCCGCUCCCUAGACCCACUGCAGUCACUAGCCGUUCCUGCCACGCUUUCUGGACCUUCUGCAUUUGCAGCAGGCCACAACAUCCCUGACAAUGGCUUCCGAGAGACACCAAGUUACCCCAGGCCUGUCCAGGACACCCAGCCACCAGAGUCCCCAGUAGAGAAUUCAGAGCAACUCCCACAGGCCAACUUUGGGGCUGUUCCGAGGAUGUCUGGUGGCUCUUUGAUACCCUCUCCUAACCAGCAGGCUCUCAGCCUUCAACCCACCAGAGAGCAUCACGAGCAAGAGCCAGAACUGGGUGGCACCUACGCAGCAAAUGUUGACUCCGUUCCCAUAGCAACCUAUGGACCCGUGUCUCCAACUGUUUCCUUCCAGCCCCUUCCACGUACCGCCCUGAGGAAAAACCUCUUGUCUGGGGUCACAGUAUCAGCUCUAUCUGCUGAUACCUCCUUGUCCUCCUCUUCCACUGGAUCAGCUUUUGCAAAGGGAGCUGGUGACCAGGCCAAGGCUGCCACCUGUCUCAGCACUACACUCAACAAUUCUGCAACUACCAGCUCAGUGCCUUCUAACAGAUUGGUACCAGUAAAUACCAUGUCUUCCAUGUUACCCAUCAGUUCCAAGUCCACUGCUGCAAUGACCUCUACUGUGCUCACUGAUGCAGUGCCAUUAAAAUUACCCAGCAACUCAGUGUAUGCUGGCACAAUGCCAUCCAAAGUGCCUGCUAGUGUGGCCAAAGCACCUGCCAGCACAAUACCACCUACGAGGAACAGCAAGCAAGCCAAGGAGACCCUGGAAGCUCCAGCAGCCAUAGUCACCACUGGAGGCAACCGGAUCCGGAUUGUACCAGAUAGCCGUUCCAGGAGCUUGCUCUCUGGCCCAGAGUUGAGCAAGCCGGGUGUGCUGGUGUCCCAGGAGAACAAUGAGCCAUUCUCAGCCUCCUCUGUGGACCUUGCCAUCAGCCCCAGCAGCUCCUUGGUCUCAGAACCCAACAAUGGUCCAGAGGAGAAUGAGUAUUCAUCCUUUAGAAUCCAGGUGGAUGAAGGCCCCAGUCCUGGUCUAUUAGGAAGCCCUGAGCCACUAGCCACCCAGCAGCCCCAAGAAGAGGAAGAGCUUUGUGAUAGUUCAGUGUCCUGGGCUAAGUGGUUUGGGGCCACCAGUGCACUCUUGGCUGCAUUCCUGGCAGUGAUGCUGUACCGUAGUAGGCGCCUGGCCCAAUGAAGCCUUAUUUGUAUGCUGCUCACUUGCUCAGUUCUGCCAAGCAUGUUCUCUAGGCUUGGGCUGGUAGAGGCUGAGUCAGAGAAGCUUAAAUAUGGCGAGGCCCACUGAGCUAUCCAGGUGGAUAGCUGCACCAAGAUGCCAUCACUGUUGGGUGGGGGAGAGACAUUGUUUCUAUCCUGGUUCAUGUCAUCUUCUGGUCUUCAGCUUUUGGGGGCACUGUAUUACCUCCAUUGCUUCUGACCUGUCCACAUGGCAGUGUAAGAUCUCAUGCUAUGUGCUCCUAAGGAGACACCCCACUAGCCUCAUCCCUGUUGGCCCAAGCCUAAAGAUGAAGAGGUAUCACACUGUUGACCGUGCCCCUCAUCUCACCCAGGUCUCUUGAAACACAGCAUAGGCAUGUUGACGAGUGCUCCCAUAGCAUCUUAUGCCUUCCACCAGCAGCCUGGCCUAAGGCCUUGGCAGUAGAACCUGGGAGCAGCAGAGUGGCUGGUCUCUAGGGAGCUUUAAGUGCUCUGCCCCUUUGGUCCCUCUCCACAGCCAGGCAACCAUAAGGGUGGGUCUGGAGGUUCUCUGUGGGCUCCAAGAAAGCCAGAAGCAGUUACCAGGCCUGAGGAAGCCUCUGGGAGCCUUUCUCCAGCCUCCUUAUCCUCUCUUCACUUCUCCCUUCCUGGUCUCCAUUCUCUUUGGCUUCCUAUACUGGAUGAUGAGAUACUAGCCUGGCAGUGCUUUAAUCCCAGUGCUUGGGAGGUAGAGGCAGGCAGAUUUCUGAGUUGGAGGCCAGCCUGGUCUACAGAGUGAGUUCCAGGACAGCCAGGGCUACACAGAGAAACUCUGUCUCAAGAAGAAGAAGAAGAAGGAGGAGGAGGAAGAGGAGGAGGAGGAAGAAGAGGAGGAGGAGAGAGAGAGAAAGAGAGAGAGAGAGAGAGAGAGAGAGAGACCUAGUGGGCAGAGCUCAGACUGGGCAAGAAUCAGUUCCACUCUUUCUCUGGCCUUGAGCAUAUGUUUAGCUUCUCUAGUCUUGCUCCCAAUGUGGAUAGUGAGUAGCUUUUCCUUUUACUGGCCUCCCCUGAGAUUGAAGGAUGUAGAUAUUUUCCUAGUGCCUGUCCCAGAGGGUGUGAGUACAUGUUCCUGCCCUCCUGCCCAGGCUGCUUGACCUAAGGUGAGAGUAUGAGAGGCAGAGUGCUUAGUGAUAAUAGCAGUCUUUGAGAGAGCAGUCUUUGCCUCCAUCAUGCUUCUGUCUCCUCCCUGGUCAGGUGUAGACCUCACCUCUGUGCCUCACUUUUCUUACCUGUGAGAUGGGGUGAAUAUGUGUGUAUGUGUGUGUGUGUGUGUUCUCACCUGUGAGGUGGGGAAUAUGCAUACAUUUAUGCUAAUAUAUUCUAGUUUUAUCAAGCUAAUUAAAAGAGAGUUUAUCUAUGUAAA